AUGGCCAGCGCGCCCUCGCCGCCGCCGCCGCCGCCGCCAGCAGCGCCGCUCUCGUGCUCGGCUUCCACGAUCUUGCAGGCGCCCAUCGUCACGGCCCGGGCGUGCGCGCCCGGCAGGGCGAACAUGCAGUCGCCGCGGGCCGCGGCCAGGUCGCCGCCGCCGCCGCCGGGGACGUCGAGCGCUUCGACGGCCAGGCCCAUGGAGGCGGACACGGCCUUGCACAGCUCCUUGGCGCUCUCGCCCAAGAAGUCCUCCUUGUCCGGCGGGCUUUCCACGGCGGCCGCCGCGCCGCCCCGCGACUCGGCGGCCGGGGCCUGCAGCAAGCUGCCCUCGCCCAAGAUGUCUUUGAGGUCCCCGGGGCAGCUCUGGAAGGACGAGUCCAGCAGGGCCAAGGAGGACGAGGCAGCCGCGGCGGACGAGGAGGACGCAGCGGCCGCGUGGGGGUCCCGCUCAGCAGGCUGCAGGCCGGCGCUCGCUGGGGACUGUCCGCCCAGCGGCAGACUUUUUCAGGAUCCCAGAAAACUGACCUUGCGGAAAUGUGCUGCUGAAGGGGCACCAGGAACAGCUCUCUGCUCGCCAGCUGCACCAGGUCUCAGGUGCCAGAUGCAUCCUGCAUACAGUUUUAAUAAAUGGAAUACAUUAGCGCAGCACCCAGCUGACGGGAUCAGCCGCGCCAUCACAGCCCAGCUUAUUCCAAGGCCUCCGACUGGUUCACUGGACAAAUCCACCUGUGGCGAAGUGGGUCCCUCCCUGCAGGUGGCGCUUCAAAGGAGUCCAAAGGGAAUCAGUGGAGGCAUCCCUGGAGACCUGCAGGUGGAGACCUUCAGCACCUCCCAGCAUCGCCCCGAGCUGUCAAAUACAGGGAUAACCCAGGCCAGUUUAGCUGCUCCUCUGGAGGCAAAACAAAUGGUCCUUCCACAGAGAACAUCGUGA